AUGCAGAACUCUUUAUCUUCUAGACAUAUUGAUAUUUUCUGUAAACUUCGAAGAAAUGUUUUUUCUAAUUUCAAUAAAAGCGAUAUAAUUGAUCAAAACAGAAUUCAAAUAAAUACUUUAAAUGAUAAUGCGAGUUAUAGUAGUGAAUACACAAUUCAAAAUUUAGAAGAUUAUAAUGAAAAUCAUAACGAAAAUGGAGGAAAAUAUAAAAAUAUUUUUGAUAUAACUAAAGAAAAUAAUAUACAUUAUAAUUUGGUAAAAGAAAUUAAUUUAUAUGGAGUAAAUUUAAAUGUUGAUAUAUUUAUUUUAAAAAAUUCUAACAUUAUAUUUUUUCUACAAAAUAUAAUUAAUAUCUAUAAUCCUUUAAUUAAAAGUUUAAGAACAAUUUUUACUAAAAAUGACUAUAAUAUAACAUGUUCUUCUUUAUAUAAAGAAUUUUUAAUAAUUGUUUUACAUAAUUCAUUAAAAUAUUCUUGUAUACAAAUAUAUUGUAUAGAAAAACAAAUACUCAAAGAAGAAGUUAUUCUAAAUGAUUGCGAUUAUUAUGAAAAAAUUUAUAUCCAAAAAGACAGCAAAUAUUUUCUAUUAAUAACAAACAAAAAUAUAUUAAAAGUUUUUGAUUCAGAAAAAAAAAUUUUUAUUUUUAGUAUAUAUCUACAUCUAGAAUAUAGCAAUAUUUUACAAUAUCAUGACUUUUUUAUAAUUUUGAGAGAAAGAAAACUAUACAUAUGGAAUUUAGAAAAAACAUAUACAGGUUUAAAGUUAAAGGAAAAUAAUUUGGAAUUAGAAGAAAAUAUUUUUGUCAAUUGCUUUUGUAUAUAUGAUAGAAAUAUUCUUAUUGUAACUACUAAUGGGAGUAUAUUUUUGUGGAAAAAUUUGACUGAAAAAAAGGAAAUUAAAAAUGAAAAUAAUGGGGAAUGUUUUCAUAAGGACAUAAUUAAUUAUAUAUAUUACUAUGAAAAUCAUAUAACCACAAAGGGAAAUGAAUCUUUAAAAAUAUGGAAAUGUAAUUUUAAUAUUUCUAGGAUUUCAGAAAGCAAUGUUUUGACUAUUAAAUUAUUAAAUGAAAUUAAAAUUUCAAUAAAUAUAAAUAAUAUCAUUUCUCAUGAUAAGUUUUUUUUAAUCAUUGAUAAAAAAAAUUGUACUGUUUAUGCUUCCAAAAAAAAUAAUUAUGAUGAUAUAGCUAUAUUUUACAAUGAUCAUAAUAGUAAAAUUAAAAAUAUUUUCUGCUCUGAUAAAAAUAUAUUCAGUUUUGGAUUAAAUGGAAAAAUAUAUGAUUAUAAAAAAGAUGAUAACGGUAUUGAAAGAAAUGUCUGUUUAUAUAAAUUUAAAAAUUGUAUUACAUGCCUAAAAUAUUUAUAUACUGAAAAUGACUUUUUCUUUUUUUGUCUUGGUUUUAAUAAUGGAUUAAUAAAAAUCAUUAAAAUAAAACAUUUAUAUUUAGAUAUUCUAUAUUGUUUAAAAACUAGUAAUAAUCAAAUAAUAAAAAUUGAAAAAAACGAAGAAUCUGAAUUUAUAUGCGUUAUAUCCGAAAAGGAACCUUAUGUUUUUUUUUUAUUUAAAUAUUUUAAUGAAUUUAAACCUUUGGGUUAUUUAAAAAUUUCAGAGUGUCUUAUAAAAAAUUGCUUCUAUUUUUCUGUUUCUAAUUCUUUUUAUAUAUUAGGAGAUAACAAUUACUUAUUUAAAAUUGACGUAGAGAGUUUAAGAGAACAACAAAAAAAAAAAGUUCAGGAGAUGGAUAAAAAUGAACUAGGAAAGAGAAAAGACGAUACCGUAAAAAAUAAAGAAAUAAAUAGAAAUGAAGAAACAAAAAAAGAAAAGAAAAGAAAAGAAAUAGAGGAAAUGGAUAAAAUUGGAAAUGAAAAAAUUGAAGAAAAUAAUAAUGUAUAUGACUUAAAUAUAAAAUAUGAAAUAAUUAAAAUACAAUUUAAAGAAAAUAAUAAGAAGAAAUAUAAAAGUGAUGAUUAUUUUGUUAUUUUUAAUAAUUAUGAUAAUAAUAAUAAUGAAGAAAAUGAGUAUGAAAAUAUAAGUGAAAAUGAGUAUAAAUUAGAUACUUCUUCAAGUGAUUUAUCAGAUGAUUCAUAUAAUAAAAUGAAUUUUUAUAGAGAUAAAAUUGCUUUAACAAAAAAUAUAAAUGAUGUAGAUUUCGAAAAAAAAAAAAUAAUUUUUGAAAAUAAAAAAAAAAACUUAAAAAAAUAUAUUGAAAUUCUUUUUGAUGAAAAUGUCUUGAAACAAUUAGAAAAGGUAAAAAAAGAAUAUCUUCAUUCUUUGAGCAUAAACCUUGAAAGAGGUGAAAGAAGAGAAGAAAUAAGCGAUAACUUCAAAAAUAGGGUGAAAAAUGAAAUAAAUAUAAGUAGCGUAGUAAAAAUAAAAAAUAAAGGUUUAUUUUUAAGUACUUGUGGAAUAAAAAACGAUUGUUUAUUUUUUUUAAAUUUAAAUAAAAAAGGAGUUAAGAAAAAUGGUAUUACUACUAUAUCUCCCAUUAUUGUAUAUAAAAUUAAUAAUAAAUAUUUUCAAGCAAAAACUUAUAUACAAAAAAUGAUAAUAAAUGAAAAUAAUUAUCUAUUAUUCUGUCUAACAAACAAUAAUGAAAUAUAUAUUUUUUCUACGAAAUUUUUGUUUCUCUAUUAUUAUAUUAAAAUUCCGUUUUACGAAAAAGUAAAAGACUUUUUUGUGAACAAAAAUAAUAAUAAACAAUACAUAUUUAUAUGUGUAAAUAAUAAAUAUAUAAAAUUAAAUUUUACUUUUUCAUUCUUUCAUUUAUUUAAUAUCAUUAAAAGAUAUCAUUUAAACAUAAGUAAAUGUUUGCAUUCAUUGAAAGAUGAAAAUAUGAUAACAUAUGAUUCUUUAUUUAAUUUUUUUGUCGAAGAAAUUCAUGAUUACAUAAUAGAUCAAUUUAUAAAAAAAAAAAAAAAAAAAAACAUUAUCAUUCCUUUUACAUUUAAAGAUAUAGAAGAUGAUUUAAAUUUUAUUAUACAACUAUUUCACCUAGAAGAAAUGAAAAAAAAAGAAAACAAAAAAAAGGAAAAUGACAUAAUGGAUAUAUGGAACUUCAUAAGAAAAAAUGAAAAGGAAGAUCAAAAAGAAGAAAUAGAAGAAAAUAAAAAAAAAAUUGAUUUAAUAUUAAAUUAUGAUCAGAAAAAUAUUAAUAUAUUUUUUAAUUUAAAUAGUGAUAUCAAGGAUCAUGAUAUUCAAUAUAGCUUAAGAGAAACAAAAGAAGCCAAGAAAAAUGAAGACAAAAUAAGAAAAGCUUCAUUGUAUAAAAAGAAUGUUAAUAUAAAAAUUAAAAAAUUAAAGAGGAAAUAUCAAAAAUUGAAUAGAAAAAAAAAAUUUAUAAUAGACACUAACUUAUCAUAUUAUUUAUAUCUAAAUUUAAAAAAAAAAAUUCAAGAGAUAAAAAAUUUUUUUACAUAUAAUCAACAAAUUUAUGAUAGAAAAAUAGAAUACCUUUCAAAGAAAUUUAUAAGAUUAAAUUUUUCAAAAAAUCUUUUAUAUACUUCCGAUAAAAAUGUUACCACGAAGUGCAUAAAAACAUAUUUAAAGUAUAAUAAAUGUAAGGAAUAUAGAAAAAGUAAAAAAGAAAAAAUAGGAAAAAAAAAAGAGAAUAAGUCAUUUGAUAUAACAACAGAAAUUAAUGAAUAUAUACAAAAUUUUGAAAAAUUAAGGGAAAGAAAUAAAAAUUUAAAGACCUUAAAUGAUGAACAAAAAAUUGAGGAAAUCUCACAAAAAAAAAAAAUAUUAAAAAUGUAUGAAGAUAUUAUUUCUAAAUUAGACAAUAUAAAUGAAGAAGAAAAAAUGAACCAAUCUCCUAAAAAGAUAUCUCAUAUCACUGAAAUAAUUAGGAACUACGAAGAAAAUAAAAAAAAGUUAUUAAAUCAAAUAAAUUUUAUUAAAGAAGCAUUCAAUGAAGAUUUUAAUUCAUUAAGGUCUAGGAUAACAGUUAAACUAAUUCAAUUGAGAGAUGAAAUAUCAUUUUUAAAAGAUAUGUUAAAAAAUAAAAAUAAAAUAAACAAUGAAGAAAAAGAUUAUUCUUGUAAAAAUUACGAAGAACAUAAUAAUGAUGAAGAAAAAGAAAGUAAAAAAGAUGAGGACAUAUAUGAUAAAAAUGAUGAAAAAGAAAUAAAAUAUGAAGAAGAAAUUGGCAAAGAAAAAAUGGAUAAAAUAAAAAAAUAUGAAAUAUUUCUACAGAAUACUAAAAAUUUUUUACUUCUAAAUGAGAAAGAUACAAAAAUAUAUAAAAUAUCAAGCAUCAGUUUUGACCAGAAAUUUUUUGAAAAUAAAUAUAAAAAUUAUAAUAAAAAAUAUAUAGAAAGUUUAAUAGAAAAAAUGAUAAAAAAGUUUGAUAGAGAAAUUCAUUUAUUAAAUAUGAAGAGAAUACAGGCUAUAAGAAUUGUAAAAUAUAUAUCCUUGAAAAUUAUUUCCAUUGAUGAAAAAAAUAAUAUAUUAACCGAGUUGCGAAAGAAGGAAAUAAAAUUAAGAAAACAAAAAAAAAAAUAUAUAAAAGAAAUGAAAAACAUUGAAAAUGAAAUUAAUAAAUAUAUUGAUGAUAUAAAGGUGCUCUUAGAAGAACUGGAGAACCACAAUAAAAGUAGAGAUCAAAUAUUUGAUAAACUAAAACAAAUAAUGGGGGAUAAUAGUUUAUGUUAUGAUAUAUUAAUAAAAAGUUUAAAAAAAAAUCAUGAUGAUGCUUCUGAUGAUAGCGAAGGUAGUGAUAAAUCUGAUGAUUUAGAUGGUAAUAAUUCGAUUAUUGAUAUUUAUAAUAAGGAAGAAAUAGAUUCAAUAAAAAAAGAGAAUAUAAUAAUUCUAAAAAGUAUUAAUAGUAUAAAGAAAAGUAUAGAAAAUAAAAAAAACGAUCAAAGAAAAUUAAUAAUUAAAAAAAAAAAUAUAGAAAAAGAAGUGGAAUUAAUAAAUGAAGAAAUUUCUAUAAUAGAAGAUGAUAAAAAGAAAAAUAUAUCUGAAGUGAAAUCUUAUAUUACCCUAAAAAUAUCUAAAUUAAGAAAUAUUGAUUACCUUUAUGAUAAAAAAAAAUAUCGUCUAAAUCUAGCAAGUAACUGUACUAUUCUUAGUUUAGAACAGUAUAAAGAUAUAAUGAAAAAAAUUGAAAAUUGUUUAAAACAAAAGGAAAAAUUUCUUUUUAAAUACAAAAGUUUAAAAAAAAAAAAUAAAGAAUUAGAAAAUAUUAAUAACAACUUACUAAAAAAAGCUAAUGAUAAAAAAAAAAAUUUAAAAAAAAAGUUAAAAAAGAAUGAUAUAAAAUUUGAUUUUGACGAUUUAGAGAAAAAAUUUCAAGAAAAAAAAAAAAAGGGUGUCUUAGAAGAAAUAAAAAAUAAAGAAAAUGAACAUAAUCAAAGGAUAAAUGUAAUGAAUAAAGAAUUAAAAAAAAAAAUUAGACUUUUAAAUGAGGUAAGAAAAAAAAAUACUCUUCUAUUAGAAAAAAUUAAUGAAUAUAUUCAAAUGCUCAAAAGGAUAAAAAGUGAAGAAAAUUAUAGAUAA